AUGCCGCAAGGGGCGGGAACCAGCUGCAUGCGAGCCCAUCACGUCCUUUCCGGAGGCCGGGUAGACCUGGCCUGGUGGGUCCACCAAAGAUUUGCAAAAGAAGUGCCCUGGGUCGGUAGCCCGAUGAAUGGGCCAGCAACUGCUUUCGCCGUCCAGUAUGGACGCUGUCGAAAAGGUUGCUGCAGGGCGACGCCACCCGCAGCAUGCACGCCCAUCGCGUUCUUUCCAGAGGUUGGUAGCCCCAUGAAUAGCCCGGCAGCGGCUCUGGCGAUCCACUACGGACACAGCUGUGACAAAGGAUGCCACGUGGCCCCAGUACCUGCAGCAAACACGCCCAUCUCCUUCUGGCCAGAGGUGGGAAGUCCCGCGAAUGGCCCGGCAGCAGCGCUUGCCUUCCACUAUCGAGACACCAUCGAGUUCACGAAUGAGUGGUUCGAGAGGAUCGGCGAGAAGAGGUGGGCAGACGACAUGGCUGUGGGUCUGCGGAGUAAGAAUCUGGGCAUUUUUUGCGCCAAGUUUUUAAGCGCAUGGUUGAGUCUAAGUCAACUGGCCCUCUUCUUGGGCUUGUCUCAACAUUCCUUGGUCCUGUACCGCCCCGGGAUUGUACCAUCUCCGCUGUACAGCAACCACCAUCUUCGCACAGACGGCAUGUUGGUGCCUGGUGCCACAGCAAUCCUGGGUGAAGAGAAGAUCGUCUCGGGAUCCCCGCUGGCAGGGGACAUGGGGAGGCCGUACCUGGGCAGCAUCGGGGCCAAGGGAAAGGGAGGAUGCCACCCGGCCCCGGUACCUGCAGCCUGCACGACCGUCGCGUUCUGGCCAGAGGUCGGAAGCCCCAUGAAUGGCCGGGCAACGGCUGUGGCCGUCCAUCAUCGAGACAGCUGUGACAAAGGAUGCUGCAAGGUGCGGCAACCCGCCGCAAGCACGCCCAUCGAGUUCUUCCCGGAGGUCGGAAGCCCGGUGAAUGGGCCAGCAACAGCAUUUGCGAUCCAUUGCGGAGACUGCUGUGGCAGAGGAUGCUGCAGGGUGGAGCAAGACGAAGCAUGCACGCCCGUCGUGUUCUGGCCAGAGGUCGGAAGCCCCAUGAAUGGCCCGGCAACGGCUUUGGCCGUCCACUAUCGCGGCAGCCGUGACAAAGGAUGCUGCAAGGCGCGGCAACCCGCCGCACGCCCGCCCAUCGCGUUCUUUCCGGAGGUCGGAAGCCCCGUGAAUGGGCCAGCAACAGCUUUCGCCGCCCACUAUGGGCACAGCUGUGGCAGAGGAUGCCGCAUGGUGCAGCAAGACGAAGCAUGCACGCCUGUCGUGUUCUGGCCAGAGGUCGGUAGCCCCAUGAAUGGCCCGGCAACGGCCUUGGCCGUCCACUAUCGAGACAGCCGUCACAAAGGAUGCUGCAAGGCGUCGCCACCGGCAGCAUGCACACCCAUCGCGUUCUUUCCAGAGGUCGGAAGCCCCGUGAAUGGGCCAGCAACAGCGUUCGCCGUCCACUAUGGGCACAGCUGUGACAAAGGAUGCUGCUGGGCAUCGCCAUCUGCAACGCCCGUCGCGUUCUGGCCAGAGGUCGGAAGCCCCGUGAACGGCCCCACAGCGGCCUUGGCUGUCCACGAUCGGGGCAGCUGUGACAAAGGCACUCGUGCCAAGGCUGAGGCGCCAGUUUCCUUUGGCGCGCUGUGGCCCGAGGUCGGGAGCCCGCGGGGGGCGGACGACAUGGCUGUGGCCCUGCUGAGUCCUUGA